AUGGCUUCAUCGGACGCUCCACUCGUGUCUCCACCUCCUCAAGUGAUUGAAGAGAUCUUUGUCUCGGAUCUCUGUGCUACACCAUUCAAAUUAUCCACUCCAAUGUCUCAAAAAGCGUCACAAAUUACACCAAAUACGACGUUUAAGGAGUCUUUAUCCGAGACGUUUGAAAACGAGCCACCAAUUGUAAAAUUUCAGAAAUUUCAAGACAAAUUUCAAUUAAAUUUAUGGAAAAGAUCAGAAAAUGACAAAAGGACGACAGGUACAGGAAACAAAACCGAUGGCAUUGAGAGUGUCGAGACAAUUGAUACAAAGGAGAAAAAUAGACGGAAAAGUGUUGAGAAGGACAAGAAGGAGGACAAAAACACGGGCAAAAUGUGGUUUGAUGUACUUCCGGUCGUGUUGGAAAAUAUCAAGACGUAUAAUCGAGAACAUGUCCGACAGCUCAGUUUGCCACGGUGUAUAAAGUGUGAACGUGUUCGAGAGGAACAGAAGGCCGUUAUUCGAUGCAAACAAAAAGAUUGCAUUGUAUUGGACCGUCCACUAUGUUUAUUGUGCUGGGAAUUAUAUCAUCAGUCACUGGAAGCCCGACAACAUCGUGGCCAACAUACUUCAGCUUGUCCACAGUGUCAGCUUGAUUGGAUCGUCUAUUGGUGUGCAGAGUGCGACUUGAAAUUUUGUAAAAAGUGCUUUGACGAGAUUCACAGCGUGUCAGCUACUACGUCUCAUCGUAAAAUUGCUACAGAAGAUGCUCCUGGAACGUGUUUCGUAACGUCUCACUGGUCUGCAAGUUUUCAAAAUGUGAUUGUCUAUAUGAUUGCAUCUCGAAAGCAGAAGACAAAUAGCAAAAACACUGGUGGUAGCACCAUCGGUGCAAAACGAAAGCGCGACAUUGAAGUGAUCGUUAUCGAUGAUGAGGAUGACGAAAAAGAAGUGAGCCAACAAAAUGGAAGUAGCACAGGGAAAGAGAAUGGAUUCAUGCGCUCAUGUAAUGCGGAUUCUCAGCCACAGCAGAACGCUUCAGACAACAGUAAUUAUCAGGCUUCUACGAAUGAACAGUCAAUGUUAGUGCUCAUACCAUCAAAACCAUUGGCACCCCUUUCACAACAAACCAGCUCAGCGUGCAGCAUAUCCUCAACUUCGAACGAUGCCAAAGCUGUCAAUACCGGCACGGGUGUUGGAAGUUUGCAGUGGGAUGGAGCUUCGUCACAGAUGAGGGAUAGCGACACCACCGCUUCAGCGACCAGUGUUACGGGCAACGGGAUGAUGCAGGUGACGCAAAGCUCCAUGUCGACUGCUGCCAACACAACGAGCGGAUCGUGGUCCACCAGCACAAAUUUUGCAAGCACAUCCCAUUCUAACGGCCAGCUACCGCUCAGGGGUGCCUUUUCUGCGGAAAACGCGCUAAGUGACUCAUUGGUGGACCACUACCAUAAAGUGAACCAGGUUGUAGCAAAGAUGGAGCUACAAAGUGAACAGCUAAACAGGCAGCUAGCAAUUACGACAUACCAAGGGCCGUAUCGUGCAGGACCUGUAAUGGCUUUGCUGAUGAAAUUGCAGCCUGUAUUAGAGGCUGCGAAGAAACGACGCGACCAGCUUCUUGUCGCGACUAUUGUCCAGUCCAAAGAUAUCAUGGCGUCAGUUCGUCUUCUUCGCCUUGCGGAACUCGGUGAUGUACCGAAAAUCUUCUCGAUGGGUCAUCGUACAUGUCUCCAGCUAACAAAUGAGAUCGAUCGCCACGAGAAGAGCUUGUCGAAGUUGUAUCAGCGGUUUAGUGAAGCGCUCAACCAUUCCGCCCCGAUAAAUUCUAGCUGGGAGGAUUUGCAUAUUCGAGCCGUCAGCGCAAAUAUACAGAUGCACGAGAGGAAUAUCAAGAAACUCAAGAGAGCCCGCGAGGUGGAAUUUGUGCGAAUCGUGCAGUUCAGUCACAAUAUCCGUGAAGCGCUAAAGCAAGCGCUAAAGCAAGCGCUUCAGCGACAUCAGUCGCAAAUUCAACCGUCAGAAUAG